UAGCUGGGACUGCGGCUGCGGGUUCCGCUGCCUCGGGAGCCUUCGGAGCCCUUGGUCCAGCGAGGUGGUAGCGGAGGGGGCGGGGGCGGGUCUCCCGCGCGACCGCGAUGCUGAGCUCCCGGGCUCAGGCGGCGAUGACCGCGGCGGACCGGGCCAUCCAGCGCUUCCUGCGGACCGGGGCGGCCGUCAGAUAUAAAGUCAUGAAGAACUGGGGUGUCAUAGGUGGAAUUGCUGCAGCUCUUGCCGCGGGAAUCUAUGUGAUUUGGGGUCCUAUCACAGAAAGAAAGAAGCGUAGAAAAGGACUGGUGCCUGGCCUUGUCAACUUAGGGAACACCUGCUUCAUGAACUCCCUGCUGCAAGGUCUGUCUGCCUGCCCUGCUUUCAUCAAGUGGCUGGAAGAGUUUACCACGCAAUACACCAGGGAUCAGAAGGAGGCCCCCUCACACCAGUAUUUAUCCUUAACGCUGUUGCACCUCCUCAAAGCUCUGUCCUGCCAAGAAGUCACCGACGAUGAGGUCUUAGAUGCAAGCUGCUUGUUGGAUGUAUUAAGAAUGUACAGAUGGCAGAUCUCUUCAUUUGAAGAACAGGAUGCCCACGAGUUAUUCCAUGUCAUUACCUCCUCCCUGGAAGACGAGCGGGACCGGCAGCCCCGGGUCACCCAUUUGUUUGAUGUGCAUUCCCUGGAGCAGCAGCCAGAAAUAACUCCCAAACAAAUAACCUGCCGGACAAGAGGGUCACCUCACCCCACGUCCAAUCACUGGAAAUCUCAGCAUCCUUUCCAUGGAAGGCUGACGAGUAACAUGGUCUGCAAACACUGUGAACACCAGAGUCCUGUUCGAUUUGAUACCUUCGACAGCCUUUCACUGAGUAUUCCAGCUGCCACGUGGGGGCAUCCACUGACCCUGGACCACUGCCUUCACCACUUCAUCUCAUCCGAAUCCGUGCGGGACGUCGUGUGUGACAACUGUACGCAGAUCGAAGCCAAAGGGACGUCGAAUGGGGAGAAGGUGGAACACCAGAGGACCACGUUCGUUAAACAGCUGAAACUGGGCAAGCUCCCGCAGUGUCUCUGCAUCCACCUCCAGCGACUGAGCUGGUCCAGCCACGGCGCACCCCUGAAGCGCCACGAGCACGUGCAGUUCAACGAGUUCCUGAUGAUGGACAUCUACAAGUAUCACCUCCUCGGCCACAAACCCGGCCAGCACAGCCCCAAGCCCGGCGAGGCUGGGGGGCCCCCCGACGACCUGCAGGAUGGGCCGGCCGCCCCCAGUUCAGUUCUGAACCAGCCCGGGGGCCCGAAAACACAAAUUUUUAUGAAUGGCGCCUGCUCCCCAUCUUUAUUGCCCCCGCUGCCGGCCCCGCUGCCCUUCCCGCUCCCGGUGGUUCCUGACUACAGCUCCUCCACGUACCUCUUCCGGCUGAUGGCAGUUGUGGUCCACCACGGAGACAUGCACUCGGGGCACUUCGUGACGUACCGACGGUCCCCACCGUCGGCCAAGAACCCUCUUUCAACCAGCAACCAGUGGCUGUGGAUCUCCGACGACACGGUCCGCAAGGCCAGCCUGCAGGAGGUCCUGUCCUCCAGCGCCUACCUGCUGUUUUAUGAGCGGGUUCUUUCCAAGAUGCAGCACCAGGGCCGGGAGUACAGGUCCGAAGAAUGACUGCCCUGCCCCAGAGCCGAUGGCACUGUCCACGCUGGAACCGGGCACGAUCUGACUGUGUGUGCGUGCGCAAGCAGCCCCGCUAGAGUCCCCAGCCUUCUGGCGUGUUCUCAGCAGGCUCCGUGCAGGAGCCGCUGGCCCCCAUUCAGACCAAAUCCGACUCCCUGAACAGCUCUGCUAGUGUGCGCUGGAUGGUGUCCUCGCUGUGCUCCGACAGCAUUCAUUCUGUCUAGAACGUCUUCUUACUCACCUGAUAAAGGUAAUUAAAAGAAACUCGAUUCCAGAAGCCACCUUUCUUUAUAUCUGGCUAUGUCAGGUGUUCUCAGAGGGGAGGUAACUGUCUAACCCUCCAGUCGGUUCCAGCAUAGAUCUUUUAUUUUUAAUAAGGCCCAUAAAAAUUGGUGAAAUUAUUAAAGGCAACAAUUUAGAAGAAAAGUGCCUUUCACUUCUGAUUGCUUUUGUAGCACGUCCAUUCUGGAAAAUACAUAUUGCUAAGACCCCUCUGAACAACUUUUGAAAAGCUCGGCUCCGAGCUUCCAAGUUUCUCCGUGGAGAGCAACAGGACGGCUGAAAGACGCCUGAAGAACACCCGCCUUCUCUUUUUGUGGGUCUUUUCUAAUCUUUGGAUUCUUUAUAUGUCAUCAAAGCGCACCUGCCAAAUCUGCCCCCCCCUCCGGGGGACAUUCUUGCACCGCUCUGUCGGUGGUAAGUGAACUGCUUCCCGCUCGCUCUUCCUGUCGGCACCCUGGGCUGGAGGCGUGAGCGUGGCGCUCGUCAGACUGAACAGCGGGCGCGGAGCAGCACGCGCUGACCCUGCGCCGCCUCCGCUCUGCACAAAGCCCGUUCGUACACGAACCCCCCCCCCGCCCUCUGGUGGACAGCUCUAUUCCGAAUUCUCUUGCCCCUACAGCGCUCCCCGAGGUUACAGGUGCAGCUGGGGGCUGUGGGAGAGGUCAGUCCUUGCCUGGAUUCGGGAGCUGGGGUCAGAAGGGCACUGACCACAGGGCCGCAGUCGGGCUUCCUCGUUUGUCACAGGAACAAACUUCCUCCUUUGUCUCAGCGAGCAUCAAAACCCCAGCCCGUUCCACAAAAAAGAAGAAAGUUUUCAGUUUGUGAAAACUGUAUCCUUACAGCUGAUCAUCUACUAUUGUCACUUUGUUACAGGUCCACAUUCUAAAUUUGUUGGCUCCCCGCAGCCCAAUACAAAAACUAUAUUGAGCGUUCUUUUCCCUCUUUGGAGAAGUCUCAUGAGUAGAGGCCAGGGCCACAGGAAGUUUGCGGACACAGUAGUAUCUAUGUUUUAGCUAGGUUUUUUAUUUAAAAAAAAAAAAAAAGAUAUCAAAUUCAAACAGACUCUUCAGAGUUAAGAUUUGGAAUCAGAGCUUUCUAAAAGGUCCCUUGAGGUGAGGCUGAGAACUGGGCUUCCUCUGGUGGGGGCGGGCUGGUAGCCACUUCUAGACCAGGCCUGGGUGUCCGCUAAGAGCGCCGGGGGCCCAGGUGACCGCCAUCCCCGCCGGGCCCGGCACGUGCCCCGAGGACUCCAAACUCACGACCGAUUGAACACGUACUGUGAAAGGUUCUGGCUUUGAUGUUGAAACGAGUACAGCUGUUCUGCCGGGAUCUGGUGGAACAAAGGCCCAGUGCGUAACCUUACGCCGCUUUGUGAGGCUGUAACUUUCAGUAACUGCUCUUUGGCCACCGCUUCCUCUUUGAAAUCUGCCACUAAAGAGACGCCGGGCACGGAACGUUGAGCUGUAAGCAGAUGGUGGGUCAGAGGCCAGGGUUGAGCCAAGGCUGUAAAUGUGAAUGGUAUCUGUGCAAGGUCUCUGAACCGGACUUAAAGCUGACUUCCUCAUUUUGUAAAUUAUUAGGCGUUAAGUAGCAGCCACAUCAUCUUAUUUCUAGCUUUAAGUUAUUCACAAAGCAGCUUCUCUUGGCAAAAAAACCUAAGUUAAACUAGUAGUUUAUGCCAUAAUAACUGCUGAUUCAUGUAUUUGCUAAAGGUACCUUUUGUAUCUGCUGUGUAUUAUAGUAAUAAAAGAAUUUUUGUUAGGAAAAAAA